AUGGAUCCUCCGGCUUAUCCUCCUAUAAUGCCUUACGGUUUCGUAAAAACUUUUCUGGCAGGACUCAUUUUUGUGACAGUUGCAGGGAUAUUUUGCUGGCUUCUUGGCAAGUGCUGCAGCUGCAUAUGCUCAAUAUUCAGUGCAUUCUUCCAUCCUGCAGAGCCAGAGCCAGAGCCAGAGCCAGAGCCAGAGCCAGUGGCAGUGGCAGUGGCAGUGCCGCCAAGAAGAAUACAGAGCAUCGACAUCGAUCAACUUAUGCCGGUUGUUGUGGUAGAAAUUAGCAGCAAUGGCAAUGAAAAAGCAUCAAAUAAUGGCGGCGGCAGCGAGUGUGCGAUUUGCUUGGAAGAAUUCGAGGACAGGGAAAGGUGCCGAGUCUUUCCAAAGUGCAACCACCAGUUCCAUGUGCUGUGCAUUAAUGCUUGGCUUUUGCGCCAAAAGCUUACUUGCCCACUUUGCCGUAAUUCCCUAAAAGAUACAGUAUGGGCUCUUCAUAGGAAACAUGUAUCGGUCGUUGUUGCUGUAGAUCUAGAUGAUCGUGUUUAG